AUGGAAAAUAUUGUCGCAAACGAGAGAUUGACAAUCCUAAAUUCUUCAGUAGAAAGAGACGACGACGAAGACGAAACGCUGUCGUUGAGCGCUCUCCCACUCAUCCCCAAAAAUGACCAAAAACAAGAAAAAUUCAAUACUCAAAGAGAGAACCAAAUCCACGACGACUUCGAUUUCUGCUCUCUCUCAAAAGAAUCCCAAAAAAUGCGCACAGCCGAUGAGAUCUUUUUCCGGGGCCAAAUUCUGCCUCUCCACCACUGCCCGACCCGACCCAUUACCAGAUCCGAAUCCAUGGACCGGCCGAUCUCCAGCCGGAGCAGCAGCAGCGGCAGCCGCCAGUCAUCCACCAGCAGCGGCAGCUCCGCCGGUCCCAAAUUUCCGCCGCCACGAAACCGAUUCCACUCCCAUCCGAGCCCAUCUCCGAGAUCCCAUUUCCCGGUCACCACAAAUCGCCGGAACAGCUCCGCCAAGGCCUCGCCGGCGUGGAGCAUUUUCCGGCUGGGGAUGCUGGCGGCGCCGCCGGAGAUCUCGUUUCAGGGCCUGAAGCCACGCGCCAGGAGAAUCGGGAGCCGCAACAGCACGGAGAGCUGCCGGAGCUCCGCCGGCAGCCGGAGCAGCUUGAGCAGGUUCCGGAAGAAUCUGAGUUCGAUUGGCGGGUGCAAGUGCUCCGGGGAUGCGAUUGAUACAGUUAGAAGCAGAGUUAUGGUUAUAACGAGGAGCUCGAGCGAAGGUGAGUGUGUGGAGGUAAAAAAUCGGGCGGCAAAAAAGCGGCUGUCAUAUCAUCGAACUUCGGAGUGGCUGAAACAACUCUCGCUCGAGGAAGAUGAAGUUUGA